AUGGAGAAUUUCUAUUUGAAAAUUAAUAGAAAAGCAAGGGAGUUGCAGGAAAGAUUUGGAGUUGAAAAUGGACAAGAGAAUGGCUCUGAAAAUGAGGAGGCUCAAGUGAAUGGUCAACCACAACCACCAAUAGGUCCACAAGCACCACAACAGACACAACAGACACGACAGAUACAGACUAAUAGUCCACCACGAAAUAGGAUGAAUGUAACUCCACCACGACAGACACAACAGAAUAAUACUCCACCAAGAAAUCAAACUAUCUAUCAACCACAACAGAAUGAAAAUGUUAUUAGAAAUAAUCAGCAAGCAAACAUAAAUCCUAUAAGAAAUAAUAAUCAAAAUGAAAGAGUGAUGAAUCAUGUACCGAUUAAUAAUGGUCAAGUGGUGCGACAUCCCCAAAAUCAAUCCCUAAUUGUUCAACCACAUUUACAACAAUUCAAUAAUGCGUCUAUUAAUCAUUUCUCAAUGAAUUCAAAUGGAAAUGGAUUUACUGGAUUUACUUGGGUGAAUGUUCAACUUCCAAACAUUCACUUUCCACUUCUUUUUAAUGGAUUGGCUCAACAACUUUCGAAUAACAAUAGGAAGAUUGUCAUAAUUACAACCCUCACUUUUUGA